AUGCUUAUUAUAUGGAGAUUUUUCUUAGGUAUAGGUAUAGGAGGAGAUUAUCCUUUAUCUGCAAUAAUAACUUCUGAAUUUGCAAAUACUAAAAAUAGAGGUGCUAUGAUAGCAGCUGUAUUUGCAAUGUAAGGAUUUGGAAUUUUAACUGGGAGUAUAGUAUCAUUAAUAGUUUUAUUCUCUUUCAGUAAUUCUUUAAACAGUGAAGAUCCACUUAAUUAUCUUUAAAUUGAUCAUAUUUGGAGAAUAAUAGUAGCAUUUGGAGCUAUUCCUGGUUUAGUAGCAAUAUAUUUUCGUAUGACAAUUCCUGAAACACCAAGAUUUACAAUGGACAUUAAAGGAGAUGUAGAAAAAGGAGCUAGAAAUAUUUAAUAGGUUUUAAAAAAAGAUGAUUCAAAUUUUGAUGAUUAAAAUUAAGAUGAAAAGAAAAAAAGAGAAUAGAAACCAUCAUUUAAAGAAUUAAAAUUGUAUUUAAUUAAAUGGAAACAUGGAAAAGUGUUAUUAGGCACAUCUAUGGCUUGGUUUGCAUUAGAUGUUGGGUUUUAUGGAAUUAAUUUAAACUAAUCAACAAUUUUAAAAUAAAUAGGAUUUGGAGGAGGAGAUAAUUUAAGUUAAUAUGAAAUUUUGAAAUAGGCAAUUUAUGGAAAUUUAAUAACUUCAGCUUUAGGAACAGUUCCUGGAUAUUGGUUAACAGUUCUUUUUGUUGAUAAAUGGGGAAGAAAAACAAUUUAAAUCAUGGGAUUUGUUGCAUUAACUAUUUUAUUUUUAAUAAUGGGUUUAUGUAAAGAUAUUUUAGGUUAACUUCUAUUUAUUACACUUUAUACAUUAGCAAAUCUAUUCAAUAAUUUUGGACCUAAUGCUACUACCUUUAUUAUACCAGGAGAAGUAUUUCCAACCAGAUAUCGUUCUACUUGUCAUGGAAUUUCAGCUGCUUCUGGUAAAUUAGGAGCAAUCAUAUCUUAAGUUUGGUUUUUAGGUUUAGGAGCAGACAAUUUCAAAGCUAUUAUGUUGACUUUCUCUAUAUUUAUGUUAAUAGGUUUAGGAUUUACAUUUCUAAUUCCUGAAACAAAAGGAAAGAGUUUAGAAGAAAUUACUCAAGGAUAAGAAAAUAGUAAUUAAAUUAUACCUGAUUGA